AUGGAGGAUCUAGGAAUAAAAUUGGUUAAGAUACAAUAUUUAAUAUUAGUAGGACUAGGUGGUGAAUCAAAUAAAAAACAAACACCCAGUCGAGUAUCGUACAAGAAAUUUCAAGUUAUUAGAGUGUUACCGUCUGACGAGGAUGAAGUGCUUGAUAUUGAAGCAAUAUCUGAAGAACCAGGAGUGCAAGUUUGGAUGCCUAUACGGUUGAAUAAAACAGCAGAUCUCGUAUUGCCGCCUAGUGUAGCAAGAGACGUCAAACGAUUUCUAACACAAAGAGAAAUCAAUUUCAUUGUACUCAGUUCCAAUCUAGAAAAAAAUAUUAAYAAACAGAAUCCUAAAUCACCGUCUAUUAAUCAAAAAUCAGAAUUAAAAGCAACAAAAGGGCAUGUAAUGACUUGGAAUAGAUAUCAUCGUUAUCAAGAUAUUCUUGACUACUUGAUGUAUUUGUCAGAAAACUAUCCUCAUUUGGUGGAACUGUUGCCUAUUGGAAAAACUGUAGAAGAUCGACCACUUAAAGUAGUAAAAAUAUCAAGUGGUAAAACUAGAGAAAACGUUGUCAAGCCUGCAAUCUGGAUUGAUGCAGGUAAAAUGCAUUAUAGAAGAUGA